UGAAAUGGGUUCAAAAGUUGAGGAGUAUAUGGAUUGGAAAGGGCACAAGGCAAACCCUAGAAAUCAUGGUGGAGCAAGAGCUGCUAUCAUCACUUGCGUUGUGGAAGUACUAGAGAAUAUGGUUUUCUUAUCAAAUGCUACAAAUUUUGUUACAUAUUUUAUAAAGUCAAUGCAUUACCCAACUGCUGAAGCUGCAAACAUGGUCACCAAUUUCUUGGGAACUUCUUUUCUACUUACCAUUUUUGGAGGAUUUAUCUGUGAUUCCUUCUUUACAAGAUUCAAGACUUUCAUUAUCUUUUGUGUAAUAGAGCUUCUGGGACUAAUAGUAUUAACAUUUCAAGCUCUAUAUCACCCCUUACAACCAGAACCAAACAGAAGGUCUACACAUUAUCAGGCUGCUAUUCUCUACGGAGGGCUGUAUGCAAUUGCUGUAGGAGUGGGUGGAGUCAAAGCAUCACUGCCUGCACAUGGCGCUGAUCAGCUGGACAAUGGGAAUCAGAGAUCAAUUUCUGCAUAUUUUAAUUGGUUCUUUUUUUGCCUGUGCACAGGAGGCCUUAUAGCCUCAACUGUGAUGAUUUGGAUUGAAGAGAAUAAAGGUUGGAAUUUGAGUUUUGAAAUUUCAAUUGCUGCUUUGAGUGUUGGUCUUGCCAUUUUUGCAUUUGGGUUUCCAAUUUAUAGGUUUAAGCAUCCUAAAGGAAGUGCCAUAGCAAGAAUCUUUAAGGUUUUCACUUCUUCAGCUCGUAAUUGGAAAGCUUCUACUACUGGAGUUACUGGAAGUUCCUCCAGCAAAUUCAAGAUCUUAGACAAAGCACUGAUUGAUGAUAAAAUAAGUGAAAGAGAGGUAGAGGAAACAAAGACAUUCAUUGGCCUACUUCCAAUAUUUGUUAGCACAAUAAUGAUGAAUUGUUGCCUAGCUCAACUCCACACAUUUUCAGUGCAACAAGGAAGCAUAAUGAAGAGAAAUUUAAACAAUUUCCAAAUCCCAACUCAAUCAAUGACAGUUUUUCCUCUAACAAUCAUGCUAGCAUCCAUACCCUUAUAUGAACAUUUCCUAAACACAUUCACCAAAAAAGUCUCCAAUAGUGCCCAUUCCAUUUUGCACCCACUUAAAAGAAUUGGAUUAGGGCUAGUGUUAGCAUCAGGAGCCAUGGCCGCGGCGGCAAUAGUCGAAGCUAAAAGGCGAAAAACGGGGGCGGACAGUGCGACAAUGUCCGUGUUUUGGUUAGGGUGGCAGUAUCUUUUACUAGGGAUUUCUGAUAUGCUAACACUUGGUGGGAUGCUUGAAUUUUUCUACUCAGAAGCGCCUGAUAGUAUGAGAAGUAUAUGUACAGCAUUGUCUUGGUGCUCUACUUCAAUGGGGUACUUUCUUAGUUCAGUGCUGGUUACAAUCACUAAUUAUGUUAGUGCAAAAUUUGGUGAGCAAUGGCUUGGUGGACAUGACUUGAAUCAUACCCGUUUGGAUCUUUUUUAUACCAUUCUUAGUGUUCUUAAUUUCUUUAAUUUUCUUAAUUAUAUUUAUUGGGCUAGGAGAUAUUAGUUUUGGCUUUGAGAUAUUGUAAUUUCAG